AUGGAGUCGUCGGCCGUUCGGCGGUGCAAGCGAUGCGCAGGUUCUUGGCGGUGCUCCGAGGUGGCGUCGCGGGGAAAGUCGUACUGCAAGAAGCACCUGGCGCAGAGGGAGAGUUACGACCUGAAACAUAGAACCAAGGAAAAAGGAGGAGAGGAGGUGGAGAUAUACCAUGAUUCCAGCUCCAGGAAAAGGAAGAAUGCUGUAGUCUGCAGGGAAUCGGAGGUGGAAGUGUCAGAUUCCGAGUUGAAACGAAAAUCGGUCCGAGUUCGAGAGUUGAAGCUCUCGGCUAGUUCGAAGCAUAACAAAAUGAGUGAUGGUAGAAGAGUAAAUAACACCAUGAAGGCAGCGUUGAAGGUAAAUUCCGAUGAAGAGCGGGGGCGGAAUUAUUCCUCGCUGGAGAAACAUUCCAUGGUUACGGAUUUGCACAGGAAAACAAAGGAGGGUGGAAGUUUGAUGUGUCAUCAGUGCCUGCGGAGUGACAAGAAUGGUGUAGUCAUCUGCUUAAUGUGUGGCAGAAAACGCUACUGUUUUGAUUGCCUCAAGAAGUGGUACCCAGGAAAAACAAAAGAGGAAGUUGAGAAUAGAUGUCCAUAUUGUUGUGGCAAUUGCAAUUGCAAAGCUUGCCUGCGAGAGGUUCCUGUACCAAGGGUAGAUGAUUUCCUUUCUUAUCGUGGCUUCUUUCCAUAUGAUUUAAUCAAAAUUGUGAGGUUGAAAAUGUAUCAUCUAUAUGCUCUCUCUUAA